GUCAUAGAAAAAUUACAUGAUUAUACUUCAAGUAAUUUUUUGUUCAGUCAAGUCGUGGGUACAAACGUCUCAAAAUGUCUCUGUGGACACAAGUUACUGUAUUGUGUUUGUGUUUAGCUCUGUAUAAUGCUGAGGACUUGCAUUUAGGAUCUGGUGUUAAUGCUCAGCUAGGGUACCAGGAGAUUGUCAAGCUGGGAUCUGUGCCUUUGUCUGUAAGGACCAAGAAUGUGUUCUACAACUCCAAUAACACUAAGACCAUUAAGAGCAUAUCAGCAGUAGACAUAGACAAAUCAAAGGCCGUACCGACCGUCACUGCUGGUGGUAUCGGCUCAUCCUUCGUCAACGUGAGGCUGAAGAGUGAGAAGGGAAAGGGCCUCAACUACCUGGUCCAGAUAUUUGUGUGAAACAUGACACGGCAUUCGUGUCGACAUUGUUCUAUCUU